AUGAAGAGAAAGAAAUGGUCAGAGCUUGAAGAGCAAACCCUUUUGUCCAAAUACUCUGAUCUCCUUACUUCAGGCACUUUAUCGAAGCUGAAAACCAGAGAGAAAAAGUUUCGUCCAAUUGCAGACCAUGUUAACACCAUACACCAUCUUCAAGACCCAAUUAGCUACCCUUUUAAAUGGUCAUGGCGUGAUGUGUCUAUAAAAGUUCAAAACAUGAGGCAUCAAUAUUUGGGUGUGAAGCAAAAGAUUAGAAUAUCAAGGGAUGAGUUUAAUUGGAAAGAUGGGGAGAAUCAUUGGGAGAAUUUCUUGAAGUAUAAAGAGGUUUUUGGUGAUGUUGAGCUUGAAGUUAAGAGCAAGAAGUUAAGUGGCAGUGGUGGUGGUGAUAGUGAUUUGUUUAAGGAUUGUGGGGAUUUGGGGUUUGGGAUUGAUAGUGAGGAUUAUUUAGAGGAAGAUGAUCAAGAAGAGGAAGAUGGGGAAGAAGAAGGGGAUGGUAAUGGUGAUGAUGGCAAUGAUAAUGUUGGUGCUGGUGAGGAAGAUGGUGAAUUUGGGGGAGAGAAAGGAAAUGGGGAGAUGGGUAUUGGUCGAAAGGCGAAAAUGAAGAAGGGUUUUGGAGGAAAUAGGAGAUUGGGUUUGCUUGGUGCACAAGUGAUGGAUUUGAGGGAUGUGGUGUUGAGAAGGGAGGAGAAAAGAAGAGAAAGGGAGUUUAAUAGGGAGAAGAGUGUGUUAGAGAGUGAAGAGAGGAGGAGGGAGUUGGAGUAUCAGAGAGAUAAGUGGCGGAGUGAGAAGGAGGAGAGGGUGGAGAAUUGGGAAAUGGAGCUGGAAGAGAGAGAGUUGAUGUGGGCUAGAAGGGAAUUUGAGAGAAGGGUGAGGGUCGAGAGAGAGUUGGAUGAGGAGAGGAGAAAGAGGAGACUAAUGGAGGAGAAGAGGGAGGAGGAGGAGAUGGAGUGGCGGGAGAGAAUGUUGGGGAUGCAAAUUGAGCAUGAGAAGGCAAUGAUGCAAAUACAUGCUGAUGCAUGCCAGAACCAAAUGCAGAUACUUGGAGUUAUGGCUAGGUUUAUCUGCCAGUUUUUUGGGUCGGCAAAUGAUGGUUUAGGUGGUGGAUUGGGUGGGUUGCCUCCUCAGGUUUUGCAGAGUCUACAACAUCCUGGAGGAUUGGGUGACAGUGGGAAGCCUGAUGCCAAUUCUCCUUCUGAGUUCAUGUAG